CUGCCGGAACGACCAAAUUUCCCCAUUGUGGGACAAAUAAUCGUGUAUCUUAUCUUAUCUUAAUAUAGGCACCUAAUCAUAACAGAGAUUAUAUAUAAGAGCACUUUUCACAUAGAGCAGGUUUUAAACCAAGUGGCAACCUAACCUGCCGUGACUUCGUCACCAGUUGGUUUGUGAGCUGCAGGUUUUUUAAGCCUCGCGUUUGUCCGGUGCCAUCUCGGAUUUUAUUGAAUCCAGAAUUAACAGGCUCAUCCACCUACACUUGCAACCGUGCACAUAUUUGGACGGUACUAGCUGUCAAUCACGAGCCUAGCCUGUAAGGCUGGCGAAUCUGUAGGAAUUUUUAUUAUUAUCAUUAUUAUUAUUGUUGCUGUUGUUGUUUUGGCUAUAUAGUGGCCUCUAGCGGUGAAAAAACUAAACUCAUCCUCCCUUUCCAAGCGUCCAAAAGAACCUACGGUGGCCUGCAGGUAACUUAAAAAAAUUAAAAAACGCAAAAUACCCCUGUGUAGAGCCUGUUUAGGUUUGUCCCUUCUGGGCUUCUGUAGAAACCUGCCGGACUCUGUGGAAGGAGUUUAAACAACAUGUCCUGGCAUGUGGACAUCAACAAUCGUUGUUCCAGUUCACUUAUACACCAGUGAAAAUAUAAUUUCGACUUUUAUGUUCAAUUUCUACCGAUAUAUCUUCCUAAAUCCUUCCACUCUGGACCGUUUAUCGGAAACCGCGAAACAAGAUGAUGAUCCUACCUCGUCUUCCGCUUGGAGCCGGAAGUCGCCUUCGCUUGUUUACAUUCUUCGAGGGGCGAAACAAAACGCGCUCCGCUUUCUUUUUUAUAUUUAUGAACAUUUUUCGUUGCAUUUUAUUCUUGUAAUUUAUUUGCUCGGACCAUGUUUUCGUCUCGCUGCUGCCGCGGCGGCGGCGGUUGUCUCUGGGUGACGUUGCCGCUCCUGCUGCUGCUGCGGUGGUCGGGUCAGCUGGUCGCCGCGGAGCUGGUCGCUCAGGUGGAGGUUUUCCUGGAGCAGCGGCCCGGCGUCAGCGCCCUGCUCCAGGGGGACGUGGUGGAGUCCAGCGGGGGCGGCCGGAGCUCCGAGGACCGGGAGGAGCUGGACGGGGAGCUGGUCCUGGUCCGAGACGAGGAGACGCAGGUGAGUGGAGGAAAAGGGGAGGAGGACGACGACGCCGCCAAAGAGCAGGAGCCGUGGAUCGGCCUGGUGCCCGUGGAGAUGGACGACAGCAAAGCCUCCACUGGGAACCAGGAGUCCUUCGCUGACGCCAUGGUCAAUAAAAUGAAGCGAGCCUUGGUCCUCGGAGCUUCGGCGCUGAUCAUUCUGGCUCUCAACCAGAAAACCGUCACCGACGUGAAAGAUAUGGAUUUGUCUCAGGCGCUGUCCAAGCCCAUCAUUGUGAUCCAGACGUCUGAAAAUGUCACGAAGCUGAUCGGAGCUCUGCUCAGGGGCCUUCAGGCGACGGCGAAAAUCACGUACAAGACAAUCCUGCGGGACAACCUGGGAGCCACGCUCACGCUGUGGUCCAGCUGUGGCCGGUCGAGAGGCGGGCGCUACGGAGAGUGGCAGGGGCUCAUCUGCACGGGAGAGACCAACUCCCAGGUCCAGAAGUACCUGCAGCAGCUGUGGGACACCGUCCUCCUGGUGGCCCUGAUCCUCAGCACCGGCGUCAUCGUUCAGGCUCGCUGGCAGAACCAGGACCAGCAGCGCAACGACGACUUGGAGCUGCUGCCGAAGCAGGACGUUCUGAAGACGAUGUUGUCGCUGAAGACCAAGACGUACCGUCAGCCCAAACCCUGGUGCGACCCGUCGCAGCCGGCGGAGACGGACAACUGCGCCGUGUGUCUGGAGGCGUUCAACAACAACCAGUGUCUGCGGGUGUUGCCGUGUCUUCACGAGUACCACAGAGAGUGCGUGGACCCCUGGCUGCUGCUGCAACACACCUGUCCUCUGUGCAAACGCAGCAUCCUCAGCAGCGUCUGCAAAGACAGUUAACGGUCGCCUCACCUCCUACACCGUCGCCGGACCAAGGAAUCGACGCUCGGUGACACCACUCCAGUAGCCGUUAGGGUUUUUUAUUUUUAACUGACCUCGCCUCUUCCUCCUUCCAGCGAUGGAUCGUGGGAGCAAACGGAAAAACUUCUCACAGCAGCUGCCUGCGCCGUCAGAGGACCGCGGAGCAGCCGGAUGUCGACGUAGGAACACGAAUACUAUGAAGUACUGUACUGGUACUGUUGUGUAUGAACAGUACUUCUUCCUGGAAUCAUGUUACUGUACAGUUGUGGAACUGUUUGUAUGUGUGAUUAUGAUGUGACUUCACACAAUCGCACUUGACUAAAGCAACUAAACACGUUUGUUUUUUUAACGCGGAUAAGCUCAGUGAGAAUUCUUGAGUUCGAGUCGUUUCAGUGAUUUAAAAACGUACUGAGCGUCUGGUGACGUAACUUUAGGUCGAUAACAAACUUAUCGAGUGGACUUACAGACUUUACCAUGACUGAUCUCAUCUAAACGUCCAAACUAGUUACUUUCAGUGAAAUGUGAGUCGAAGCGUUUCUGUAGUUUUAGUGUCCUCAAACUUGCCUUAUUGCACAAAUUCACCUCCUUUACUGUGGUUUGAAACUUGAUGUUUAUGUCUGCAGCUGAUUUUAGGCUCGAACAGUCAGAUGGUUUAGAUGUUAAACAGACUGCGGCCGCAGCUUCGGGCGCAUUUUCCCCGGGUUUUUUUUAUGUUUAGAUGGUUUUGGGUGACGACGUCAGUGAAGUUUGUGACAGCAGACUCAAACAUGAGAGAACUGUCUGUCUUAAAAUGGAUUUACACUCGACACCUCCACCUGUUGCGCCACCGCAGCGCCAGACUAUUUUAUGCCUGCGCUUCAGGCGGGUCGCACACAGUGCAGUCUUCUCCUAAACUAAAGGUAUCGCUGCUGAGAAAAGACUAUGUACACCGCUGCAAUCGCGACAAGAAGAAGCAUAAAUCCAGCUUUCAUGUGACUUCUUCCUCCUCUGACAUAACGGCUACACAGUUAAUCCAAAAUAAUUAUAUUCACAAUUUCAAACAACAUCUGUGCAAAUUUUCCAUGUGAUGAAAAAAAAGCAUCAACUCCGACACGUUCUACUUCUGAAGGACGAGUCCGAGUCAAACGAUGUCAAAAACAUUGUAGUAUUGUAUUUAUUGUUGCAAUGUCAACUCCAAAAAGCAAUUACAUGUGCUUUUCUUUUUGUGUUUGCUCUGAUAGAUCUGUUCUCUCUAUAGAAAAUAGUCUGUGCAUGGCGACGUGUAGGAGGUUUCUUUUUUCCCUUCAGCUCGUCUUGACAGACGUGAGGCUCUUCUGUACGGCACGUGCUUCCAAACACCAACACGUCAGAGACGUUUCGUUUUGAUUAUUGUGAACCGGCUGGACGACGUCACGAGGACAGUCGGCCGCUGACAUCCAGACGUGAACAACACGUCGGUAAUUGUUCUUCCAGCUACAGAAGGAACUGCAGUCUCUCUCUACUAAGAAAAACCCUGGUUGUCUCAUCCUUUGUUUUCCUAUGUUGUCUACUUCAUGAUUAUGAUGUCAAAAGAAGCUUCUUUCAAUCACAACCGAUCUUAAUGAUAAUAAACUGAUUUGUUACUUGGCAAAAAUA